GUUAAAUAGUAUGCAGGUAGAAGAGAGCGUUUCUGAAAAGGUUAAAAAUCUUUGUCUUUCAAAUUUCCUACGAUGUUUACUAUUUACUAGGUGUUGUAAUUAAUUGGUAGCGUUUUACGAAAGAUGACGCUAGCCAACUAUUCAUAGUCACACAUUAAAAUAAGGGGAGUACCUAAGAUGUACUUGUGUAGAGGUUAAAUGUAGGCGAGGUCAAGUGGUUGCGUUCUCAGCAGACGUUUACGGGAUUAGUUGUUGGCCAGAUGGUUGGGGUGGUUGUCCAGUCUUCUUGCGAUUCGUUGGCUGUGACUAUAGAUCUCAUCUACCACCCAUGGGAUCUCGAGAUCCUCAUGGAUGAUGGAGUUCUCAUGGUAAGGAUGGGCAUUGGAGACCAUUCUCAAGCAUCUGUUUUGGAAGCGCUGGAUCUUUAUUCGGUGUGAAGCGCUUGCAGUACCCCACAGCUGGAGAGGGACAGUGGGAACUGGGAAGAUUGGAGUUAAGCUUGGAUAGAAGGCCAGGGUGCCACACUCUGUCGAACGCCUGUUUGGCAUCCAGGAAGACGGCACAACAGUAUUGCUUAUUUUCGAAAGCGUCCAGAAUGCAUGCUACGAGCCGGUGGCAUUGCUCGGGUGUUCCAUGUUCCAAACUGGUGAUCAGGGAUUAGUCCAGCCUCGUCCAGUACUGGCAACAUUCUGCGGGGAGUGCUACUUAAUUUUUUUAACGUUGCUCGAUGAAAACGCGUGCCAAACACGUGCUUUUUGAGUUGUCUACAUUAUUCUUAUGGCUUUGAGGCGUUUUCUGACCGUCGAAAAGUCGACUCCAAGUGAUGUGAGUCGUGUCGUGGCUUUUAAAUCAAAGGUUAUUUGAAGUAAAAUAUUUAAAAAUGGGUUAAAAGCUUUAAUCGAAUGCCUAAUUUCCGUAAUUGGCCUUGACUUUUAAAUUAAUAAUAUAUUGUUACAUAUAAAAAUAGUUUGAUUGGAAAUUCCAUGCAUCGCUAGACUUUCCAAUAUUAAAAUAGGCCCCACCGGAAAACAUAUUUAUUUCAAAUUUCGGUACCGUAUAUUAGACCAGCUAUAUUUGUAAUAUUACAAAUAUGUUAACAUCCCCGCAGCUGUUGUGUUUCCCAUUUAAUUUGCUUCGCUCGACAUUGGCAAAUACGAGUUUUGAUAUUGGAAUUCUUGGUGGCGGCUGUUCAAUAAGGAAAAAAUAACUUAAUAAGCUAGAAUCCUUGACAGGUGACUGAGUAAGCUAGGGGACAAAAAUAUGCAAGCAUAAGCGAACCAUUUUUGUAGACCAGAAUCCCAUUCUAUAGAAAUGACCAGUUCCACCCCUGUUCUAUUGGCCUGCAUUGUCCACAUGGUGCUGCACACAACGCUCUUCAUACAUCUUGAUGCAGGUAUAUUUGUAGACACUGCCAUCUUGGGUAGCCAGAUAUUCUAUUUGUCGGUAAUGGAUCUGCUGAGCAAGAGGGUGAUAUCCAUGCACUGGAAUAACAUUCCCCAUUGGGGAAAUCUCAUCCUUGAGACUAUCGUUGCUUUCCUUAUUGGCGAAAGUUCGGUUGUGGGGCUGUCGAUAUCCAUGGAAACGCUUCUCGUCAACAUUAUAAACUUUUUAACCAAUUGGUCUGGUCUGGGCUACAGUACAAAAAUUAUUUUCCUGGAGAUCAGCACGAUUAUAUUGGGAAUUAUCUCUUCAGUUUUAUUGAUUAUCAUUACAAAUUGAUCGGCCAAAGUGGAGAAAAUUGGACAACAAAUUUGGAGAAUUACCACACAACAAAGUCUGCCGUUGUUCACCAAGAAAGCUUUUCAUUAUAAAGGCUGUUUAAAUUUAUAA